AUGGGACAGAAAGAAAGUUCAAUACGUGAUGAUAGUUUCAACAGUGAAUCCAAAUCUAAUGUUAAAACUGGUUCUAAUAAUACAAUUAAAACUGCAAGAGGACGGUAUGACGAUCAGUUAUUAAAACGUUGUGAAAACGUUUAUUUUGAUGUUGAAGCUUGGUAUAGGAUCAUACAAAGUGAAACAUUUUAUACUGAAUUUAUUCCAAUUUCUCCAUCAAUUGCUCAAGCAUUUGUUAACUUUUAUCAAACACGAUAUAGUUCAACAAAAUUAUUAAAUUUCAAUGACAUACAACUUAUUACAUCAAUACAAAAUCAACUAAAAGAACAAAUAUUCAAUUCAAAAACAAAUAAAUUUCAAAGUAAUGGCACUUUUAUUCGUUUAAGUUCACGAAGUCCAAAAGAUGGAAAGCCCUUAGAUUAUCAAAAAAUCAGUCAAUUCUAUAAUCAAAAACUAAACGAAUUACAAGUCCAAUAUCUAGAUGAAUAUAAAUCAAUUGAGGGCAAAGCAAAUAUGCAAAUGAUUGCUUAUUGUUAUGCUCAAUUUCAUUCUUUAAAAGUUACUGAUGAAAUUCAAGCAUUCAAUCUGAUUCUAUCAAGUGAAAGAGUUUAUUAUGAUUUAAUAGAAGUACUCGAUUGCCAACAAGUAAAAGAUAAUAAAGUUGCUAAUAUCAAUAAUAUUAAACUACAUGAUUGGAAUAACAAUAUAAUCAUUCGUGAAUGGAAUAAUUUAUUAGAUCCAUCGAUGGAAUUUCGUUGUUUUGUUUAUCAAUCGAAAUUAACUGCUAUAUCACAAUACGAUUAUUAUUGUAAAUAUUAUCAUCUACAAAAUAAUGGAAUUGUUCAACAAAUAAAAAUAACAAUUAUUAAAUAUUGGCAAGAAAA